AAGUGCUCGGUGAAAAUGAAGAGUUUUUAGAAGUGGAAAGACUUUCUCUGAAGAUUGGAAACCGUUAGAGCAGCUAAAUUAUGAUGAAUGCAGGAUGGAUUUGUGGAUUACUGUGCGCCGGCAUGUUUGUGGGUGUUAUUGCCGAUUGGAACUUUUUCAAGUGCUUCGAGACUCCGAGGAGAUGUCCUAAUGAGAACGUGACGUUUUGGCUGUAUACGAGAGCCACUGCCAAAAACCCUACCCAGUUGAACAUGUUCGAACCAGAAACGAUAGCCAGUGCCCCGUUUGUCGCGAAUCGUCCCCUGAUUGUGCUGAUUCAUGGCUACACAGGUCACAAAGACUACGCCCCAAAUACUUCCAUCCGACCGGCUUAUUUGGCCCAUGAUGAUUACAAUAUCGUCACGCUAGAUUACAACCCUUUGGUAUUGGAACCAUGUUACUACCAGGCGGUCCGAAAUUUGGCCGUCGUUGCCAAUUGCACGGCUCAGUUGCUGGAUUUCAUGAUCGCCAGAAAAAUGUUCACUUUAGAUGACAUCCACGUGAUAGGAUUCAGUUUAGGAGGACAAACAUCCGGCAUGAUUGCCAACUACAUCAAGGCGGGCAAGUUGCGUCGGAUAACCGGGCUGGAUCCGGCUAAACCAUUAUUCGUGACGGCCCCCAACGAGUACAAGCUGGAUCAAUCGGAUGCCGAGUUCGUUCAGGUGAUUCAUACGGACGUGUUUGCCCGUGGAAUUCUACAUCCGAGUGGACAUGUGGAUUUCUACGUGAACGGUGGAUACGAACAACCGGGAUGUAGCUCCCAAACGGCGAUGACUCCUGGCGAGUGCAACCACAAUCGAGCACCGGAAUAUUACGCAGAAUCGAUUGCUUCCACGAAAGGCUUUUGGGGCUACCGAUGUGCCCACUGGUAUCUCUACAUGUUGGGAUUAUGUGCAAAGACGAGCAACAGUCAGCUGGCAAUAAUGGGAGCGUAUACACCCAAAGAGACUCGUGGAUUGUACUUCUUAAAUUGCAACAGUGAAUCGCCAUUCGCCCAAGGACAAGACUAUACCCUGAAGGAUCAGCUCCCUGUUCCAUACUUUUAG